CGUGUUGCUCGGCUCUUAUGUUAGGAGCACGCUGUGUAUGCAAUAUUAGACUUCUCCUUCAAGCGAGGCCUCGAUUGAUACGCUACGCACCGGGUGCUGCGUGAUCAUGCCGGCAGAUGACCUUUACGCUGUUCCUUCAGGUGGCAGCUUGAAAUUCAAGGGCUCACCGAGCAAAAAGAAGAAAAAAUCAAAGUCGUCUACAAGCAAAUCUGCUCGUGAGGGACCGUGGAAGACCAGCAGCGCGACGCUGAAGUCAAAGGGAAAACAGGCGGCAAAUGAUGAGGACGCCAAUGAGGUGGAUCUGGAGCCAGUCGACGAACAAGACCACGGCUCUUCUUCCUCAUGGCCAACGAUGACUGAAGCAGAGCGCAGGUUUGAGGAAAUUCAGAGGAAAAGGAUGGCCGACAAGGUUUCAAAGGAAGCGCGAAAGUCUCACAAGGAACGCGUCGAUCAAUUCAACGGGCAUCUGGCUUCUUUGACAGAGCAUUUUGAUCUUCCCAAGGUCGGACCCGGCUAGAUUGUCUUGCGCGAGGCCUUCUCCCCCGCUGCCGCCCCAUUUGUCCGCACCGUUUGUCCAUUUAUUUUCAUUAUACCUGUACUGAGCAUAAGCUGUAACUCAGGGCAAAGAUUAUCAAUUGGG